AUGGAGCAUGUAGAGAGCAAUGGUAAUGGGAUUUGUCUUCCGACCAAGGUCAGGAUGCUUGAUGAGACAGAAAAGGUAAAUGAUUCACCAAUCGAGCAAGUCAGGCUCACAGUUCCGGUUACAGAUGAUCCAACAUUACCAUGCUUGACGUUUCGGACAUGGGUUUUGGGGAUCACAUGUUGUGCUCUUCUGGCAUUUGCGAAUCAGUUCUUUGGUUAUCGUCAAAAUGUACUCUACUUAUCAUCAGUUGCAGCUCAGAUUGCUGCAAUACCAAUAGGAAAGCUUAUGGAAGCAGUUUUACCAAACAAAUGUAUUCGUAUUCCCAAAACGAAAUGGUCAUUUUCAAUGAAUCCAGGGCCUUUCAACUUAAAAGAACAUGUUCUGAUCACCAUAUUUGCAAAUUCUGGAUCAAGUCCGGCAGCUGCGGUGGCUAUUAUCACCAUCGUGAAGGCAUUUUAUCAUGGUCAUAUAGAUGCAGUACCAGCUAUGUUGUUAACGCAGACGACUCAGUUGUUAGGAUAUGGAUGGGCUGGACUUUUCAGGAAGUUCCUUGUUGAUUCCCCUUACAUGUGGUGGCCUUCCAUUCUGGUUCAAGUUUCCCUCUUCAGGGCAUUGCAUGAAGUUGAGAUCAGGCGUAAGGGAGGCCUAACGAGGCUGCAGUUCUUCCUCGUGGUCCUUGUAUCAAGCUUCGCAUACUAUAUAGUCCCCGGCUAUCUCUUCCAAUCUAUGACUGCUCUUUCCAUUGCCUGUUGGAUAUGGAAGGAUUCAGUCACUGCCCAACAAGUUGGCUCAGGUCUUCAUGGCCUAGGCGUUGGCUCUUUCGCCAUCGAUCGGUCUACCAUAGCUGGUUUCCUAGGAUCUCCCUUGGCCACUCGAGGAUUUGCUAUUAUCAACAAUUUAUUUGGCUAUAUCAUAAUUCUCUACAUCGUAAUCCCCAUAGCUUACUGGACCAACUCAUAUGGUGCCAAACGUUUUCCCAUUUUCUCUUCACAUGUUUUCGAUGCUAAUGGACAACCCUACGAUGUUUCAAGAGUUCUAAAUGAGACAACCCUUGAAUUAAGUAAACCAGGAUAUGAUGGCUACAGCAAAGUCAACCUAAGUAUCUUCUUCGUUUACACCUACGGUAUUAGCUUUGCUAUAUUGGCUGCUGCCUUAACUCAUGUAGCACUUUUCCAUGGAAGAGAAAUUUGGCAUCAAUCAAAAACAGCAUAUCAAGACAAGUACGCUGAUGUCCACAGUAGAAUAAUGAAGAAAAAUUAUGAAGCUGUCCCUCAAUGGUGGUUUUAUUCACUCUUGAUUGUAGUUAAUGGAUUAGCCUUGCUUACUUGUGAAGGCUUUGGUGGACAGUUACAACUUCCUUACUGGGGUGUCCUACUGGCGAUUGGCUUGACUCUCAUGUUCACCCUUCCAGUUGGUGUUCUUGCAGCAACUACAAACCAGGUCCCGGGAAUCAACAUUCUCACUGAGCUAAUAAUCGGUUACAUGUAUCCGGGGAAGCCCCUUGCAAAUGUUACUUUCAAGAACUAUGGCUACACUAGCAUGUCACAAGCAAUCUCGUUCCUCUCAAUGAUGCGAAUGUUUGGACGUCUUGGUUUGUACUCUAAGAUGAACUAUUUCUUUCUCAUUGGAUUUCUUGCACCAGUGCCAGUGUGGAUACUCUCCCUCAAGUUCCCCGAAAAGACAUGGAUCAAGUACGUUAAUGUGCCUAUUAUCUUAAGCGGCACAGGAGGUAUGCCAGCAGUCAAGGCUGUGAACUACAUGUGCUGGUAUGCUGUAGGCAUUUUCUUCAACUUGGUUGUCUACAACAGAUAUAGAGGAUGGUGGGUUAGGCAGAACUACAUCCUAUCAGCAGGAUUAGAUGCUGGAGUUGCUUUCUUAGCAAUUCUCCUCUUUUUUACAUUAGAGUUGAAGAACAUUAAUGGACCAACCUGGUGGGGCUUGGAGGUUUGUGAUCAUUGUCCCUUGGCAACUUGUCCUACCGCCCCUGGCAUUCAGGUGGAGGGGUGUCCUGUUUUUCAAUGACAGGUUCGUUUAUCAGCAUCUACACUGGGGUUAAGGUUAA